CCCGUCCCCCGCGCCCGCCCUCGCCCAGUCCCGGAAAAGCGGCGGCGGCGGCGGCGGCAACGCGCUCACCUUGGCGUCCCCGGGCUCCGCGGCGCGCGUAGAGAGGGCGUUUCGGCGUCUCGGCCCGCCGGUGCGGGGUCCCUCCGCGUGUGGGGGCGCGCGCGUGGGGGGCCCCUGACUGGCUCCGGGCCGCCUUCCCGUCCCCGUUACGUUGGCGAGCCGGCGGCGUCGCGGGCAUCAUGUGGCUGCCCAGCUGGCUGCUGCUCUGCGGGCUGCUGCGCUGGGGCGACGCGGCGGAAGGGCCCCCCCCAGCAGGCCUUCUCCUUGAAAUUUCCUUAGGGAAGUUCAAGAAUUUGUUGUUGAAUGAAACUGUCCCCGUGGAAGCUGUGUUGAGGAAUGUUGCCAGCAAUGUGACUAUCAUCAUCUUUCAAAUCCAUGCCCACCACAGGAAUGUGACCAUUUCCUUUGAUAAGGAACCUUCUCCUAGCAAGUCAGGAACUGGAGUAGACAAAGGAUUGGUUUCUGUGCUUCAGCCUGAACAAACUGUGUGUACGUGGUAUUUGCAAGCUGUGGAUACAAAUCAGGUGCCUAGCACAUCUGUUUCUUUGCCGUACACUGAAAAAGAUCCAGUUCCUGGAGGAUGCAACUUAGAAUUUAAUUUGGAAACUGAUCCCAAUCUUUACCUAGAAUAUAACUUGGCUGAGACACGUAUCACAUUUGCUCCAGCAAACCUCGGAUAUACGAGAGGUGCAGACCCACCUUCAUGUGAUUCUGGGACAAGUCAGAACUCCAGGUGGCGACUGUACUAUGAUGUUUAUCAGUAUUUUCUGCCAGAGAACGAUUUAUCUGAAGGCACAUUUGUGAGUCAUAUGAGAAAAAUGUCUGAGGUUCAAAGUAUCCAAGAUCAUGGCUCUAAAGUUAUGACCUUAACCAGCCAAGACAAAACUGACAUCUACUUCUCUUCACUUCUCGGACAAGGCAUAAUCUACAAUGUCAUUGUGAGGGAUCCUAGGUGGAACACUUCAGCUGCAUAUGUGCCUGUUCACACAUAUGCGUGUAGUUUCUCUGCCUUGGUGAAUAACUGCUACACCUUUAGAAGGUUGUCCACUAAAAUAUUUUUCACCACGUUGGCUGUUCUUGGUCUGUUUAUCUGUUUCCUUGGACACAGAUUCUGGAAAACAGGUUUAUUCUUUACUGGCUUUAUCUUCACGGGGUUCUUUUUCUUCAUAGUCAUUACUAAAACAUCUGCUGUCAGUUACGAUGUCAAUCUUGGACUUACUGCAACAGCUGGUAUUAUUGGAGGCCUCCUCUUGGUCGGAGGUUGGUGGCUAUUUGGAUUUGUGCUCCCCUGUAUGUUACUUGUAGGACUGGUGCUGGGGUCUCUAGUGGCAUCUGUACUUUUCUUCACUCCGUUAGGAAACUACAAGGUUUUUCAAGAUGACACUGUUUUCUGGGUCACCUUCUGUUGUGUUGCCUUGAUAGUUCCAGUAAUUUUUGUUUGGUGCCCCAGAGUUCUCAACAUCUUGACAUGUGGCAUAGUCGGUUCCUACACCAUAGUGUUGGCUAUAUCAUGUUACAUCUACACCAGUCUCUCUCUCAUUGGCAUAUAUCUGCUCCCGAGGAUUCUAAAUGACAACUUCAGAAGACCUUACACCCGUGUGCCCUUUCAACCUAAUGAUAUUAUCCUCUUGGCUGUUUGGACUAUGCUAGCAAUUGGAGGAAUCACCAUUCAGUUGCGCCGAGAAAGGCAUGAGGCACCUUUCCCACCACACCCGUAUCGGAUAUGGAAGCGUGAGAGAGAGCGCAGAGUAACCAACAUCCUGGAUCCUAGUCAUCAUGUCCCUCCCCUGAGAGAGAGGAUCCAUAGUAAGCUGUCCCAGAUCAAGGACUUCUUUCAAAAAGAACAGACUGCAGGUGAAAGAACACCGCUACUAUUAUAAACUGAUUCACAGAUGGAAAGACGUGACAAUUUGUGGAUGCACACCUCAGGGGUGUGUGUGUGUAAAGCCAAGGACUUUCUCCAUUGUCUUUUGCACCUCAACAGAACUGGAGACCGAUCCACAGUUGUCCAAGACAAAUAUGCUCAAUUAUUUGCUUUCAAGUGCUGUGGCACCCAGGAAAUUUUUGUCUAUAAUUUUAAUCUUUGACAGAAUAAUGUGUAAAGUUACUGGGGCAGGAAGAGCAGAAUAGAAAGGUGGCUUAAUAAGUAAAGUGUGCAACUUUAAAACUUCAAAUCCCUGAGAGAGAAAAUGGUAAUUUCAGAUUCAUGCGUCAUUCUUAUCUUCACAGUCCAAAAAGGCAACCCCUUUUAGCAUAGGUUUAGCUUCUGAACGGGAUGUGCAAAGUGUUGGGAAAAAAACUCAUUGUGGACUUUGUACUUUUAGGCAUUGUAACAACUUGGAUGAUCAGUGCUAGUAAGUUCAAAUUGUCAAGCUGCAGUAAAAAUGGAAUUUUCUUGGAUUGUGUUCACUAGCUGUGUGACAAGCAAAACAUUUUGACUCUGAUACGGAGGCAGGGGGUGGGUUUUCUCAAAUCCUGUAGCAUAACUCCCCACUUUUAAAAAAUAGGCCAGAAAAGUGAACAAUCUCUGAAAUUGAAUGUUUUUUUUUCUUAAGAAAGAAUAACCAUGUAAUAUAUCUAAUGAGUUUUAACAGUAGCCUAUUUUUCAGAUUGGGCUGCUGCCUCUGCAGAAUUGUCACUAAAAUAUUAUUAUUCUUAUGGGAUAAAAAAAUUAAGUAUUUUGAAGCAUUUUUGGUACUCUGAGAAAAUGUUAACAGAAGCCUAUGAAGUCAAAUGUAUUUUUUAGCCUAACAGGAAGAAGACAUCAGGCAACAUUUGACUAAUCUGUUCAAGGGGCCAGAGUAUCUUAAACCAUGAUUUUCUUGUCUGUCGCUCAUUCUCUCAUCUUGUUUUAUAUUCAGCCUUAGAGAAUGAGGUCCUUUCUAAAUUGAGCAUACCCACGUACGUAAGCUGUGCAACUCCAAAACCGGAGUUUCUAAUUGUAACCCUAUUAUUUUGAACAGCUAUUCCUAUUCAGAGGUCAUUUCUGCAAUUUCAGAGAGCCAAGAAGUGAUGCAGGGCAAGGCACCUGCUCAGUUUUAAACUGUUGUGGAAAAAAAACAUGUAGAUGAUGAUGUUAUAUUCUCAGAGCCUACUUAGUCAUGGAAGUGUGUUGAGAUGUCCCUGGUUUCAUUAGGAUUUUGUGAUGUUUCUAAACUGUGGAACUAAGGUCCGGAAUCUUCUGUAGGUAUGUAGCUAAACAAACUUCCCCAGAUAAAAAUUUUUCCUUUUUUAUCCCAGCUGUAAAAGCUAUUCCUAUACACUGGUUCAGUGUAGGAGCCCCAGCCUUAGAAUAGCCUUUGUAGGUUUUUUCCCCUAGUGCACAGAGGCAGCAUUUAUGAGAUGAUGAAACUAUUUUCUCAUCUCCCUUUACGGUUUAAAAAGAGUUACGUUGAUCCGUUGUUGGGCUGUUGACUCAUGGUGAAACUUCAUAUAAUUAGAAACUGGGAUUGGAAGAUACAUUGGCUUAAAUUGGUUGAAUAGCACAAAUUGCAGUGAUUUUUCCAUCCAGCCAAGAGAUUUGUUUCCCAAGUAAGAGAAUAGUUCUAACCUAAACCAGCCAGACCAUAACAAUUAAAGUUAAGUUGUACCUUGAACAAGAGACACGUGCUACACCUUUUAUGUUCUUGGUGCAGAAGAGAAGCAAUCUAUUGCUUUGCUAACUUGCCCUUUGUUUCCACGUAAACUGCAGAAAGGAGGCCUGAACAAAAGAUCAUGCCGUAGCUGCAUGGCACGUGUCAGGUAGUCCUGAAAAAUGUAAAGAUACAGACUGGAUGUCCAGGUUGUGUCUUCCACUGCUUUAUGGACUGAAGCAGAUAAGUGAAUGGCAGUGCUUGUUGCAACUUCUUGAAGAUCUAGAAGCCAUUCUUGUGUGGGAUCUGCAAAACUGUAAACCUGAAAUAAUUUUAAAUGCAGAAAAGCUGACAGUUGGGUCACAAAGCAGUAGAUUUGAUAAAGAAAAUGGGUGUGUCCAUAGUUCUUAGCAGCUGUUCAGAGGUCAGCAUCAUUUUAAUGUUGAAAAGUGAAGAAAUUAACAUGCUUCUAGCAGUUUCAUAUUGCUGGCUACUUUUUAGUGCUGAGAUGAAUUGCCAUGUCUGAUGGGCCCAGCCAAUACUCAGGUAUCAAACAAUUAGCUAUGAUUUUUUUUUAGUAAGUGCUAUCAUUGACAAUGCAAAAAACAAAACACCCUAUCCCUUUUUAUAAUAAAGAUAAGCUUGAAAUGGAA